AGCAACACAUUGGUGAAACAGGGAAGCAGGCGCGCGGCACGGGGACCCGCCGGAAGAAGCAGCAGCAGCAGCUUCGGCGCGAGCUGGACGCAGACCGACAAAACACCGGCAGCACGAGCGAAACCGAGGCGGCCAGAGGGGCGGAGAGGAGGAGGAGGAGGCACCUGCACCGCGACUCGUUCUCUCCCCCUGCCUCCGUCGUCUCUUCCUCUCUCUCUCUUCGGCUCUCCUCACCCCUCAUUCCACUCGGACCGCCGCCGUUUCCUCGUUAAGAUGGCUGACCCCAACAGCGACGGAGAGGUACCGGAGAGCGCGCGCGGCUUCGCCCGUCAGGGAGCCCUCCGCCAGAAGAAUGUGCACGAGGUGAAGAACCACAAGUUCAUCGCGCGCUUCUUCAAGCAGCCCACCUUCUGCAGCCACUGCACGGACUUCAUCUGGGGCUUUGGGAAACAGGGAUUCCAGUGCCAAGUGUGCUGUUUUGUAGUCCACAAGCGCUGUCAUGAGUUUGUCACCUUUUCUUGUCCGGGGGCCGACAAAGGACCCGCCUCCGAUGAUCCUCGUAGUAAACACAAGUUUAAGGUCCACACUUACUCCAGCCCCACCUUCUGUGACCACUGUGGCUCCCUCCUCUAUGGGCUGAUACACCAGGGAAUGAAAUGUGACCAUUGUAUGAUGAACAUCCACAAGCGGUGUGUGGCCAACGUCCCGAGCUUGUGUGGGACAGAUCACACCGAGAGGAGAGGACGCAUCCACAUCUCUGCCCAGAUCACUGAGAGCGCUCUCAUCGUCAACAUCAAAGAGGCUAAGAACCUGGUGCCCAUGGACCCCAAUGGCCUGUCAGACCCCUAUGUCAAGCUCAAGCUGAUCCCAGAUCCCAAGAGUGAGAGCAAGCAGAAGACCAAGACCAUCAAAUGUUGCCUCAACCCCACCUGGAAUGAGACCUUCACUUUCAACCUAAAAGAAAGUGACAAGGACCGCCGUCUGUCGGUGGAGGUCUGGGACUGGGAUUUGACCAGCAGGAACGACUUCAUGGGAUCCCUGUCCUUUGGGAUCUCAGAGCUACAGAAACUAGGGAUAGACGGAUGGUUUAAGCUGCUGUCCCAGGAGGAGGGAGAAUACUUCAACGUCCCUGUCCAGCCAGAUGGAGAGGACGGUAAUGAGGAGCUACGACAGAAGUUUGAGAGGGCGAGGGUGGGUCCAGGGAAGCCCGCAGACUCUUCUUCCUCCUCCUCUUCGGUGUACAAGUAUGACAGCAAUGGCAAUCAGGACCGUGUCAAGCUCUCAGACUUCAACUUCAUCAUGGUUCUGGGCAAAGGAAGUUUCGGCAAGGUGAUGCUGGCUGAGAGGAAGGGUACAGACGAGUUGUACGCCAUCAAAAUCCUGAAAAAGGACGUGGUGAUCCAGGAUGAUGAUGUGGAGUGCACCAUGGUGGAGAAGAGAGUCCUUGCUCUGUCUGGGAAACCACCUUUCCUCACUCAACUGCACUCAUGUUUCCAAACCAUGGACCGAUUGUAUUUUGUGAUGGAGUACAUAAAUGGAGGAGACCUCAUGUACCAGAUCCAGCAGGUCGGCAAGUUUAAGGAGCCUCAUGCUGUGUUUUAUGCCGCAGAGAUUGCCAUUGGACUCUUCUUCCUUCACUCCAAAGGCAUUGUGUAUCGGGAUCUGAAGCUGGACAAUGUGAUGCUGGACUCUGAAGGCCAUAUAAAGAUCGCCGACUUUGGCAUGUGCAAAGAGAACAUGUUCGACGGAGUUACCACAAAGACUUUUUGUGGUACACCAGACUACAUCGCUCCAGAGAUCAUAGCCUAUCAGCCUUAUGGGAAGUCUGUGGACUGGUGGGCCUUUGGAGUACUACUAUAUGAAAUGCUUGCUGGACAGCCGCCUUUUGACGGGGAGGACGAAGACGAGCUGUUCCAGUCGAUCAUGGAGCAUCAUGUCUCUUACCCGAAAUCCAUGUCCAAAGAAGCUGUUGCUAUCUGCAAGGGGCUGAUGACCAAACACCCAGGUAAGCGUCUGGGCUGUGGUCCAGAGGGAGAGAGAGACAUCAAGGAGCACGCCUUCUUCCGCUAUAUAGACUGGGAAAAAAUGGAGAAUAAAGAGGUCCAGCCACCUUUCAAACCUAAAGCUUGUGGGCGUGAUGCGGAGAACUUUGAUCGCUUUUUCACGCGCAACCCCCCAGAGCUGACCCCCCCAGAUCAGGAGCUUAUAGCCAACCUGGACCAGGAAGAGUUCCAAGGCUUCUCAUUUGUUAACCCUGAGUACACUCACACAACCCACUGACCAUGCCACAUAUCACUGGGCUGCACUAGUAAUCCCCUACACCUCAGAAACAUACGCAAAUAAAAAAAAAAGGUCAAAAAAAAAAAAAGAAAAAAAUCACCAUGAUGUCAUAUCCAGGCUGCAUUCGGCAGGGUGAAACGUUACAGAAAUCAUUGGGCAUUUUGGGAAAUACGCUUAUUUGGUUUCUUUGCCAAAGUGAGAUGAGUAGGUUGAUAUCAGUCUCGCUUAAUCGUGGAGCUAGAGACCGGGAGUGAUUAGAUUAGUUUUGCAGUAAAGCUUGGAAGCAGCGGGAAGCUUCUCGCCAAGCUCCAAAACAUGCCUACCAGAACCAAAGCUCUCUAACUAACAUGUUUCACGUUCGUUUUAUCCUGACAUAAACAUAAAUGUUUUCUUUAAUAUUUAGCAGCACUUCUACACUACGUAUUCAAGAAGGAGUGUUCAAAGAAGUAUAUUGUGGUUUUAGUGGGAGUUAUGUGCUGCAACCGUGUCUUAAUUAAAUAACAGGUGGGUGCAGUGACUCACUGGAGUCUUUUUGCCACAGUGAGGCAUCGAGCAAAGACACUGCAGAGAAGUGUUGGGUGGACAAAUUAACUGUUAAUUAAAGAUUUAAACGCCACAUAACUCCUCCUAAAACUGGCAGGUCCUCGUAGGACCGCUGCAACAAGGCGAGUGUUCUGUGGCAGAUGAAGAUGGCUGAAGGCAUCACUAAGCUACUUUUUUUAGCUUUGCUCUACGAAGGCUAUCAGUGAUGAAGCUCAAUAAAACACCUGCCCAUGAGAAAUAAAACUUCCACAGCAAAGCAGAACCAGUCGUAUCUUUUCUUUCUGUUUAGUUUUUACAAAGCAGUAGCCUGCCUUAUCACUGUGAUGCGGAUUGAACCAAGGAAAAACUGUUUUCAUUGACCUCAGCUAAACUACGGUGGUGCACAUGGUGAACAUUAUACCUGCUAAACAUCAACUUGUUUACAUCGUCAAUUUGACUAAGUGGGAUUUGUUAAUUUUCUUGAAAUCUGAUUAAAAUUUGCGCUGAAUUUGGAUGGAAACCAUCUUACAUUUCUCCCAAUACAUGAAUUCAACAAAUGAGAUGAAACAUCUUAAUGGUAAACUUAACUUGCCAUAUUUGUGAGGAGAGCCCCAACUUUAUGCAGUCUUUAUGCAAAGCUAGGCUAAUUUCCUCCAGCUCCCUCCACUUAAUUUACAGACACAACAAUGGUAUCAAUACUCUCAUCUAACUCUCUGAAAGAAGUCAAAUAAGCACAUUCUUCCAAAAUGCCAAACAAUUCCUAUUAAUAACGAUCAGAUGGAAAUGCAGACAGGUGCUCAAAUGCUAACAUUCAGGAGAAAUAAUCAGAUACUCAUGUGUCAAGUUGCCAGUAGGAGACUAGUCUUGUUUCCAGUGCUGACACUGUUUUCAUUUUACUGUGGUUUAACAUGUCAUGUUGCACUGCUGCUCUCAUAACAGCUCUGCUGGCUCUAUCUCUAUUUUUAGUGCAGAACUGUUGCUCACUCCUGAAUGCCGCCCGGCUGCUCACACCAGCAGGUUCAUGUCGGAGUCCGACCUCAGGGGCCGACCUGAACCUGCCCCGUCUCUGUGUCACCCCCUGCCCCCAUAACUGCAUAUUGACUAUGAUGACCUGUCAGUAAUAUUGAUGAGUGUACUCUGAUCACAUAUUGGUAAUAUUCAUACAGUGCAAGUGAACACUGACCAGUUGCUUUGCUAUGAUUGUUUGAGAACUAAUCAGUUUCCUAAUGGUUGACUUUACUUUUGUCUAUAGGACCAAAUACUUCUUCACUUUCUGUUCAGUCAGUGUUGUGGUGAGCUUAUCUGAAAAUUUUUUGCUGACUUCAUUCAUUUUUAACCACUCAGAGGGCAGAAGUCUUUAUACGUGCAAGAGUGCAAGUCUGCGUCACGUUAGAGAUUUUUUGAAUGAAAGCUCAUUACUUUUCUCAUGAUUCAUUACCGAAAACAUUCACCACAUUACACUGUGUUUUUAAUAACAGCGGGCAUAUCUCUUAGCUUGGAAACAACCAUUUUUAGACAAUUUCACAUGUGACGAAGCCCUGUGGAGUCUUGUGAGGCUGGUAGUUUGUUAGCUUACAGAAACAGGAUGUCCAAAAGUGCCAAAAUAGAGGUCAGAAUCAUGAGGGUGUGGAAAAAAAAUAUCGUCCUCAACAACUGUGAUGAAGGGCAGCCAUCUUGUGCCAUUUUGCAGUACAUGUAUAAUUAUUAGAAUAUGCAUUAUAGCUUACCUGUUCACCAACAAUACAAUACCCUUGGAAAGUCGUUUUCAUAUAUGAAAUGAAUUGUCUGAGAAGACAUGCGUUGACAUUGUGGUGAGGCAGGUUGUAUUUUCCUUUUGUAACUGUGUAACGAUGCAGGGUAGUAUCAAUGUGUCAAAUCUUGUUCUUUGAGCUUGUAUCAAAAAAGGGAGGCGGCAGCUCGGUGACAGCAAAGAUUUGUGUCUGUUGUACAAAGAUGCUCGCUGACAAAAGACGAUCAUUCCGCCAGGUGAAAACUGUGAGCGCUUAUUGCGAUGAUGGUAGCGGUGAUGAAUCAAUGAUGGCAUAACGGGAGAUACAACGGAGAGGAAAAAAAUAUAUAUUGAGUUCUAUAUCGGAGGGAUAUUUGUAUAAAUUGUUCUGGAUGAGAGAGAUGCUUCUGUGGAUUGUGUAUUUGUCCUGUAUGACUGGAAACUGACAAUAUACUCACUGGUGCCUACCAGACUACUUCUGCUGUGUGUGCCUUGUUACUGCUGCUACACCCAACAUAAAGUUACACUUUAAAAGAAAGAGUUCAAUAUUAUGGCAUACACAUUUAUUUGGUUUCUUGCUGGUUUCCACUUCACAUCGUGAAGCUAAACUAAAGCCAAGAGACAGAUAGCUUAGCAUAAAAACUGGAAAUAGGAAACAGUCUGUCCAAAGCUUAUAAAAAACACUAAAACACACAAAAAAAGACGAUGUUAGAUUGUGUCUUGUUUGUUUGAUCUGUACAGAUCAUUUGGUUUUAAUGGAGGCUAUAUGUCCUGGGCUAUUUCUUUACUUGGCUAGCUGUUUCCCUCUGCUUACAAUCUUAAUGCUAAGCUAAGCUAAUAAUCUCUUGGCUGAAGCUUGAUAUUUAAUACACUGACAUGAGAGUGGUAACAAUCUUCUCAUCCAACUUUUGGUAAGAAAGAAAAUAAGUGUAUUUUCAAAAAUGUAUAAGCAGCAUGUAAAGUAGUUCAUAACACACUACAGUGUAGCACAAGCAGAUAUUAGGACUUUUUAAAGCAUUUAUUAAUGUAUUUGUCAACAGUUAGAACUUCUCCCAUGAAGCAUCCUUUUCGAGACUGUCCUUUAAAAAUACUUAUCACACUCCUCUGUAGCCUACUUUAUAUUAUUGCAACUGUGUUAAAUUCAUUAAAUGUUUAUAUACCAGUUAUUGAUGCUUCAAAGGACUUAAAGCUCUUGUCAAACACAUUACUGAUUACUCGUGUACCAAAGUCUCUCUAUAUCUGCUUACAGGUAACUGCAUCGUAGUGUUUAUUAUUUUUUAUCUGCUGCUUAAAAAUGCUACACAGAUGGGGUUAAAAUAGUGUUAACCACAAAACAAAUACAUACACGCGCACACCAGCGUCACACGUGCCUCGUAAACAAAAAUGUACUGAAUUAGUGGUGAAUUCGUGGAACGGUGGUAGAGGUGGGAAAGUUUACAGCCCCUCAUCAUUUCAGCUGGAUCCCUGUGAUGAGACAAAAGGCGGAGGUAGGAAACUAAAUGCUUUAUGUGAUGUUUGUGGUUCAUGUGUCUUGCCUGGGGCUCACUGCUUCACUUCCCUGUGUGAAAUCCUUUCCGGUUGUGGUUUGGUCUGCAGCUGGUCUGUUUUAUCGAUCGUUGUCUGUUCUGCACUAGAACAUUUCCUCUCUCUGGCUUUUGAAGUUUGUCUUGGAUCUUUCUGCAUCUGUGCUGUUGAAGUGUUUUCGGGUGGGUCUCUUCCAUUUUUUGACUGUGUCGCUGGUUUGUCGGCAGGGUGUGUUUGUUUUUUGUCGACUUGCUCCCCCGGUGUUGUACGGAAUCAGUGGUGUGUUUUGCUGAGUCUAGACUUAUUGUGGUGCCACCAUCUACAGAUUAUCAGAGGUGUGGACUAGACUGGACUUAGAUAUGACAAAAUCGAAAAACACAUGCCACUCAACUUUGACACCAAUGACUCAUGAGCACCACUUACUUAAAUUUUACAUUUACAAGUAAAAUUCCUGCCCUGAGAAUAUUACUUCAAUAAAAGUAUGUGAGUAAAUCACAUAGGUGGAGUAACAUUACGUUCAUUAUGGAUACAUCUCCUGACUAAUCAACUGACUGAUUUGUAAAUUAAAAUAGUGAAAUGCAUUAAAAUGCCUUAAAAAUUACUUAAUAAAUAUAAGUUAUAAGUUCUUCGGGGCUUGAAAUGCAAAAUUUUGGACUUGGGACUUGACUCUGCACUUCAUAGACUUGAGACUUGUGUCUUGCAGAACAAUGACUUUGUCCCACCUCUGCAGAUUAUUAAAAUGUGUCUUUCUGUUUGCUGAAACAGUCGGCCUCUGUCACCUCCUCUAUUCUGCAUCUUUGUGUUUCUAUGAGACAGAUGUUCUUUUUGCUUGUCAUCAGACAUGUUCUGUUCAAACUGCCUUUUUUGACGCUGUAGAAAUUCACUAUAAAGUUAUAUUUCUAACUCUUUCCCUCUCCUUCUCUCUGUGGCAGAAAUCUCGCUGUGACGUUGGCAACUUCGACAAGGAGUUCACAAAGAUGGCGGUGGAGCUGACACCCACAGACAAGCUCUUCAUUAUGAACCUGGACCAGAACGAGUUUCAAGGCUUCUCCUACACCAACCCCGAAUUUAUUAUACAAGUCUGAGGAGGUCCCGCUGGUUAGACGCAGCCCGGAUAAGACUUUACUCCAACCCGUACAGCCCAGUUACAUUUCAUCGAAGAGUCAUCCAGCAUCUCAUCAGCACCACCUGGACUCAAACCACUCAUAUACACACAUAGAAAUCUUCAGACUCAACCCAUGCCAGCAUAAUAAUAAUCAUAAACCAGUACGUAAUCAUAAACGACUCUCACUACAUACUCACAUCUAUCAUCUAAACACACAAACAGCAGAAUAAAACACAAACUGCAGAUGGCUUUAGCUGCUGGUUGGUCGCAGUGGGACUGACUUUGGCCACAUGGUAACAGGCCAGUUGCUGAAAAACUUCAGGCUUGUGUAGCGUUCACAGGACCUCGUGGUGGGUCAAUACAGCGGCUGACGAUCAAGAGUCACAGUAUACGUGUAGCUGUGUGUAUGCGCUCUAUCGAUUGACAACAGUGUGUGUUUGUUUACUUUAUUUCUUUCUCUUCGGCCUGUAAAAGUUGCGUCAUGAACAUUCCAUGAUCAAUAUGUCAUGUAUGUGUUCACACAUGUACACACACACACACACGUGUCUGUGCAGGCUGCGGUUUGGAGGGAAGGAAGGUUUUGAAUUAUGAAAGUCCAAGGCCCUGUUCUUCAAAUGUGGCUUAACUAGUUCAGGUUAACAUGCUGUUAUCAGGCUAAAAUAAUCCUGUUUAUUCUCAUCCAGCUAGUUUGGUUCUUUGACAGCAGUUUGGGGAUUGAUUUGUUAAUCCUUGUGCAGACAGUUGCACAAAGUUUGGUGUGUUGUUUUGGGACCCCCACAUGUAUUGAACAGGUGAUUUUAAGUAUAUUAAGUAUAGAUGAGUUUACUUACCUGAAUACAACCUCAGUUUCUAAUGUUGGUGCGGCAGGUCCAGUAUGCACCUUUCUGCCUGAAUAUUAAAAAACAUUAAACAGAGAAAUGGCAAUUAAAAGAUUUGAAACGAUAAUAUACCUUCCAGGCCUGACUGGCCACCUCAUGGUGUCACCUGAAGCAGAAAACACAUAUAAAUACAAUUGUUAAAAUAAAUUUAAAAGUCAAACUUACCUGCGCCUAAGUGAAGAGUGUUUCCAGGUGAGGGUUCAACCAGAGCAGAGCGGGAGAAAGGGCCAGGGCUAAGUACCUUGAGUCAGGAGUGCUUUAUCACCCACCACGUUUGCAGGUUGGGGCUUAAGGACUUGUUGCUCUUACAAGAGUUCCAGAUAAACAUUAAGACAGCUUCAAAGAACCAAAAGAGAAAUCCAUACUCGUGUUUUCCAUGUAUGAAGAACAGGGCCCUGAUUUAUAACCUCAUGUCUAAGUUAGUCCUGAACUUAGUCUUAAGCACGUCUUGUCUUCCAAAUUGAUGCAAAAACAUUAAAAAAAAAAAAAAAAAAAAAAAAAAAAAAA